GUACACAGACUCGUGGUAGUGUGCGUGGAAACAGGCAUUACGUCUGUGCAAUGUAUUGAUGUAAACAUUCUCUUGUCAUUUUAUUUCAGUGCGUUUGGAGGAUCGUAUGGAAAUCUUUUCAAGGCGCACUCCAAAGAAAAUGUGAACAGCUGAUUUCGUUUAUUUAAAAUUAUAGUGAAACUCAAUGUGUAUAUUUUUAAUUGCGGAUUUUUUUGAAAAUUAAGCUUCAAACUCAGUGCUAAAAGUCUUUGUUUAUAAAAGUGGUGGAAGAUAAAGGUCAGUUUUUUAAUAGUUUUUAAAUACAUUACAAAUUUAAAGAAAGGUAACUAGUAGUUUAUGUAUCGAUCGGUUAUAUUGUGCCGUUAUUUAGUGGAACCAAAUACCAGAUUUGGUGUUUUCUAAAUCCCUUCCAUAUUUCGGCACAGAAAUCAGGAAUCAUAGGUGGUCAUAAUGCCGUCACUCCUCGAAGCCCUGGAGGGCAAAUACGGCGCGAAGGGAGAAAUAAACCCUUCUAUAGAUGACAUGCCGGUCGCCAUAUUUGUGCCAAAGCGCUCACCGAGGCUCAGUGUACCCACGCUGCUGGUGCUCAACGACUGCGACAUCGACUGCGCCGGGGACGCUCUGGCCCUCGCAGAUAAGUGCGCCGACGUCGUCGAACUGGACCUAGCCAAUAAUAAACUUAGCGAGUGGGAAGAAAUAUUUGCGAUAUUGGAACAGACACCAAGAGUGAGAUUUUUAAACUUGAGCUUUAAUCGUCUGUCAGCGCAAAUUCAAGCGGCACAAACACUCCAACCACGAUGGGACUGUCUAAGCCACCUCAUUCUAAAUUCUACAUACGUCGGCUGGCCGAGUGUCUACGCGUUACUCAAAGCUCUACCAGCUCUGGAGGAGUUGCAUUUGAGCCUUAAUGAGUACUCCUAUGUAGACUUGAGCGGGCAGGAAGUUGAAGAGAAGGACCAUUGUGAGGCGUGUUCACGACUCAACGUCGAUGUCACUGAGCCCGUGCACGAACAGCUUAAGAAACUACAUUUCUCUGGAAACCCUGUUAGCAGUUGGCGAGAAAUCUCCAAGCUUGGCUAUGCCUUCCCUAAUUUGGAAACCCUAUUGGUAAACGAUUGUCCAGUAGCCACUCUAGAACCGGAUCCGUGUGAAAAAUGUGGUGAUAACAAUGGCAACAAGGCGAGUCACGAUGCCUUCCCGCACCUCCGCUUCCUAAACCUGAACAAUACGGGUUUAUCGACUUGGGAUGAGGUGGAUCGACUGGCACAGUUUCCUGCUCUCAAGAGUUUGCGAGCGCAGGGCUGGCCACUAUGGGAGCGUUUCGAGUCGACAGAGCACGAGCGGCGGUUGUUGCUGGUGGCGCGGCUGCCGCACGUGCGGACCCUGAACGGCGGCGGCGCCGUGCCCGUGGAGGAGCGCGACGCCGCCGAGCGCGCCUUCAUACGGUACUACAUGGAGAAGCCCGAGUCCGACCGACCCGAUAGGUACUGGGAGUUGGUGGGCGUGCACGGCAAGCUGGACCCGCUGGUGUCUGUGGACCUGAGGCCCGAGAAGCGCGUUCAGAUCACCUUCCGCUGCGGCGACACCAGCGAAGUGCGCACCGUCGAUGUGUAUAGAACUGUAUCUGACUUGAAGACACGAUUAGAACGUAUGGCCGGCUUUCCCGCGGCUAAAAUGAGACUAUUCUACGUCGACCAGGAGCUUAGGGAUACCCAGGCUUUCCAUGGUCCAGAGGAGAUGAAGUACCCUACAAAGCAGCUGUACUCGUACAACAUAAGGUCAGGCGAUGAGAUCAUCAUCGACUCCAAACUGAAGCACAGCAUCUCCGUGAACUCGACCGCGUGAGACUUCCUGACGCCAACAGCACCUCGGUGGCAUCUCAUACACACACGAGGACUAAGACUGAAACAUGCCAUCGUGCCAGUCUCAAUCGAAAUCAACUAAACAAGUAUACUGCCGCCGUUCACAUGUCUAGGGAUACAACUGACAUGUGACAAGUUUUGCCUACAACAUGCCAUUUCGUAUAUUUUUUUUCAUGUUACUGAACGUCUUACUAACCUUGAUUUACGUGGAAUGAGUUAAUUAUAUUUUUUGUGAGAAAUCA